GUGCUGGCCGUGCUGGGCAACGUGCUGGUGUGCUGGGCCGUGUGGCUCAACAGCAACCUGCAGAACGUCACCAACUUCUUCGUGGUGUCGCUGGCGGCGGCCGACAUCGCCGUGGGGGUCCUGGCCAUCCCCUUCGCCAUCACCAUCAGCAUCGGGUUCUGCGCCGCCUGCCACAGCUGCCUCUUCCUCGCCUGCUUCGUGCUGGUGCUCACGCAGAGCUCCAUCUUCAGCCUCCUGGCCAUCGCCAUUGACCGCUACAUCGCCAUCCGCAUCCCCCUCCGGUACAACGGCCUGGUGACGGGCGCCAGGGCCAAGGGCAUCAUCGCCGUCUGCUGGGUGCUGUCCUUCGCCAUCGGCCUGACGCCCAUGCUGGGCUGGAACAGCUGCAGCCGGCCCCGCGAGGACCGCAACCUCUCGCAGGCGCAGGCCUGCGGGGAGGGCCAGGUGGCCUGCCUCUUCGAGGACGUGGUGCCCAUGAACUACAUGGUCUACUACAACUUCUUCGCCUGCGUCCUGGUGCCGCUGCUGCUCAUGCUGGGCAUCUACCUGCGCAUCUUCCUGGCGGCGCGGCGGCAGCUGAAGCAGAUGGAGAGCCAGCCGCUGCCGGGCGAGCGCACGCGGUCCACGCUGCAGAAGGAGGUGCACGCCGCCAAGUCGCUGGCCAUCAUCGUGGGGCUGUUCGCCCUGUGCUGGCUGCCCCUGCACAUCGUCAACUGCUUCACCUUCUUCUGCCCCGGGUGCCAGCACGCCCCGCCCUGGCUCAUGUACCUGGCCAUCAUCCUCUCCCACUCCAACUCCGUGGUGAACCCCUUCAUCUACGCCUACCGCAUCCGCGAGUUCCGCCAGACCUUCCGCAAGAUCAUCCGCAGCCACAUCCUGAGGCGGCGGGAGCCCUUCAAGGCGGGCGGCCCCAGCGCCCGGGCCGGGGCGGCUCAGGGCAGUGACGGGGAGCAGGUCAGCCUGCGCCUCAACGGCCACCCCCCUGGGGUGCUGGCCAACGGCAACCUUCCCUCCCCGGGCUGGUUCCCCGUGGCCCAGGGGGGAGCCGGGCUGGCGCAGCCCGAGGCCCGGCAGGCGGGUUUGGAGUCCGAGAGCGGGCGUGUCAUGCGGGGAGACCCUGUGCCGGCCAGGAGCGCCGCACUGGAGCGUCUUGGGUCUGGUCCCCACUCCGGAAGCAUCUAG